CUUCCCAUCACACGCUCCAUUUCCAAGGAAAACAGAGCACAGAAAAAGAAGGGAUUUUGAUUUGCUCUCGUGCGCCUGCGGCGUCGUCCACAACGCCAAUCUGGGCAAGCACUCGAUCCUCUACAUAAGCGGCUCCCCUCCACCAUCCCCUUCCUUUCCUCUUCCGCCUCCCCCUCCUGGCCGCCGCCUUUGCCCCCCCUCCCGCUGCCGCGGCGCCGCCGCCGCCGGACGCAUCCGAUUCUCCCGCCGCCGCCGCCGCUCCCGUUCUUGGCCGCCGCCCCCUCGUCAGCAAUCUCGGACAUUCGUCUUCGAGGUGGUAGCGUUACAUGAUUGAACAGUACCCUACAGUACUUCCCAGACUAAUUUGCUGUGAUUCACUUGGCCAGAUAAAACCCUGGUGUGAUUCCUCUGAAGUUUAGCAUUGUCUCUGCUUUGAGAAGAAAUAACUUCAUCUCUACGUAGAGCACUGGAAGAUGGAUCGUAGAGAUACUUCAGGGUUUGUCAGCGGUGGUUGCAAAGAUAACAUGUACUGCUAAAUGCCUUAGGUUUUCUAACUUGGUAGUUCGUUGACCAUUAUUUAACCCGGAAGUGAGGCAAGCUUGGUCACUGAUAACAAUGGAUCCCAGGCCUGGGCAGUCAGCAUUUACUAUAAGUUUCUCAAAUCCAAGGGCCAUUGUGAGCAAGUUCCCUGUCGUCCCAGUAGCCAGUCACCCCACAGACAGUAAUAGUCAACUUGAUGGGCAAGCUCACGGUUAUCUGUACAACCAACCAAGAGGAACCAAGAGGAAGUUUGAUGGCUUGUCGCUUGGUCUGGGCAACUCAUCAAACUCAGAUUCCAGCAAGCAAAGUAUGCGUGCUGGCUGCACCAUAUCUUCUCCUAAGGGUAGUGAUGAAGGUUCUUCUGUUGAUUUGGGCUUAAAUUAUCUUACGCUGGGCAGUGAAGGUACUUCCAGGCUGGAUAAGCAGGCUAGUGAUUUUAAGAGAACUUCGGCGAAAGCUGGGCUGGAUCUUGAGUUAUCUUUGUCUGUUGGACCAUGUCAAUCUGCUAUUACUGGACAAGACCUAACUUCAGCAACCAAACAGAACAGCACAUUUCUGCAGCCAUACAUUAUGGACUUAGUCCCAAGAGUUGACGAAGGUUCUACAUCUCUUCGUCGACCGUCUGGUGGUCAGUUCCUUUCUUUCCUUAAUAAGACUGCAAUGAUGACUGGGUUUUCUCUGAGGCAAGUUUUAUCAGGCAGCUCUAACCAGAGUCAGGGUCCAGCUUCAAUGCCAACAUUGCUCCAACUACAAGAAAGUCCAGCGACCUGUACUUCCGGGUCUGUUAGUCCACAACAUCGCAUCAGCAGCACAAAAGUUUGUUCAUAUCCAGGAUGUAGAAAAGGGGCCAGAGGUUCGUCAGGGCGCUGCAUUGCACAUGGUGGGGGGAGAAGGUGCCGUAAAGAGGGAUGCAACAAAGGCGCCGAGGGCAAGACCAUCUUCUGUAAAGCUCAUGGAGGGGGACGGCGCUGCGGGCACCUUGGGUGCACCAAGAGCGCUGAAGGCCGCACUGAUUACUGCAUAGGCCAUGGUGGUGGUCGGCGUUGUAUCCAUGACGGCUGCAGAAGAGCGGCAAGAGGGAAAUCUGGCCGCUGUAUCAAACAUGGUGGUGGGAAAAGGUGUCAACAGGAGAACUGCACAAAGAGCGCGGAAGGGCGUUCAGGCUUAUGCAUUGCCCAUGGAGGCGGACCUCGCUGUCAGCAUGCUGGUUGCACGAAGGGCGCCCAGGGAAGUACUGAUUUCUGCAAAUCGCAUGGUGGUGGCAGAAGAUGCACGCACCCUGACUGUACAAAGGGUGCUGAGGGAAGCACGCCAUUCUGCAAAGGGCAUGGAGGAGGCAAACGUUGUUCGGCUCAAGGCUGCACAAAAUGUGUGCACGGAGGUACACAGUUCUGCGUUGCGCAUGGAGGUGGCAAGAGGUGUGUGGUGGAAGGAUGCACCAAGAGCGCUCGAGGUCGUACCGAUCGCUGCGUUGGUCAUGGUGGGGGCAAGAGGUGCAUAUCUGCUGGGUGUGAUAAGAGCGCACAGGGAAGCACCGACUUCUGCAAGGCACACGGCGGGGGCAAACGCUGCACGUGGGGCCACCCAGGGUCCGACCUCGGAGCUGGCAGUCCUCCCUGUGACCGCCUUGCAAGAGGCAAGAAAGGCAUGUGCGUUCAUCACAACCCGCUGCUGGAUGAUGACCGUAUCCACGGUGGCCGAACGCUGGCCGCUUUCAGCAUUACAAGCAGCGCUGCUUCCCUUGAUCGUCGGAGCCACCCUGCAAACUCCGAAACCAGCAGGCGCAGCAUCUCCAUGCUUCCAGUGGAGGCUCCCGGUCGUGCGCCUCUUCCCGAGGGCCGGGUGCACGGCGGUAACAUCGUGUCAAUGUUUGCUAAUGGUCUGAGCUUCGGGGAGGACUCCAGCAACAACGCUGAGGCCAGUACCUCGGCGCCUCGCAGCUCCAAACCUGCCAAGGAAUUCAGCGCCUCUGGUCGCAGCAGCUGGCUCUAGCGCCCAAGGCUUUCCUCCUGCCCGACAUCCGUUUCGACACGGUUCGUUUCGUCUGGCAAGUAUCUCCUGCUCCUGUCCUAUGGUGUGAAGAAGGCUGCGGUAUGAUUGUGUGAAGUGUUGUCUUACUUAUGGAUUUGUAUGUAUUAACUACCCCUCUGUAAGAUAGAUAUAAAUAAAAAGGGGUUGGGUGUGGAAGUGUUAAUUAAUGUUAGGUCUUGUGUUGAAGAAGGUGACCUUCUGGAUCCUUCUUCUGUUCCAAAAAAAAAGUUGUGUGUGUAGUACAGUGGUCUGUUACAGUUAUGCAUGAAGAAAUUAGUCAUGUGUGAGGUUCCUCCCAUCAGUUGGUUCGCCUAUGGAACAUUUGGUUGUAGUAAAUAUUGAAGUUGCCAUGCUGUUGUAUACAAACAUAUAUUGUGUGUGUGUAAAGUUGGUUUUGUCCCAUCUGAACAAUAAGAAAGUUAUGGUUGUGAUGGUUGCUGUA